AUGUGUACAUUUGUACAGAUUGGUAAACUUUUAGACUUACUACACGAGCUUAAGAAUCCGGCAUCACCCAAUUUUCAUUCGAGCACCAUACAAAUGCCGCGUAAUGAUAGCGUAUGCACCGAAGCCCGAUUGCGCAAAAUUGACAUUCCUCAAUUUUCCGGUGAUUAUCUAGGCUGGAUAUCGUAUAGAGAUAUGGUUGUCUCAUUGGUGCAUAAUAAUCAGUCCCUCAGCAAAUUUCAAAAGUAUUACUUUUUAAAAUGCUCCUGCGCUGGUACUCCACUGGAUAUUAUCAAUAAAUAUCCAGCAUCCGAUGCAAGUUAUGAGCUUGCAUGGAGUGCGUUACAACAGCGCUACCACAAUAAGCGAAAAAUUGUUGAUACUUUGCUGAAGAAACUUUUUGCCAUACCUAAGGCAAAUGGAUCGCACGAAAGUAUAAAGCUAAUUUCGGAUACAGCCCAAAACUGCUUGGCACUUUUGCGUACAAUGGGUGUAAGCACCGAUAAUUGGGACGUGAUUCUUAUUUACUUUACUACCAACAAGGUCGACGCGCAAUCACUAAAAGACCUAUUUGAUUUUCUCGAAACAACAUUCCGAACACUGGAAACUAUAAAUAAUCAACGUGCGUCUAUGUCUAAUCCCUUUUCUGCUGCUGCGAAGGCCGUCAAGCAGUACCCUAGUAGCCGUCAGCCGCUACGCCGAAAUGCGUUCUUGACAACUCGUACUUCAUCUAAUGACGAAAACUGCCCUUGCUGCGAAAGACGUCAUAUGCUCUACAAAUGUUUAAAGUUUGCCGCCUUGCCCGCUGCUGCUAAACGGGACUUAAUACAAAAAAGAAAAAUCUGCCGUAACUGCUUCACGGUUGCUCAUUUUUCAUCUCACUGUCGUUUAACUUCACGCUGCCAUAUGUGCCAGCAACCACAUCAUACGAUAUCGCAUAAUGACUAUACCACAAAUAAUGCUGAUUCUGGUGGCGAACAGCUACAAAGCAAUUCAACAGCAACAACUUAA